AUGUUGUAUUCUUGGUUCUUUUGGGUUCUAGCAAUAUGGAACAAGUCCUGCUCUCCCGCUACUACAGCGGUUCGUCGCGAAUGGGGAUCUUUGUCAAGAGGUGAGCGUCUUGAUUACAUCGACGCCGUUCAUUGUAUGCGACAGAAGCUGCCGGUAUUGCCAAUAGAAGAGUACCCAGGCGUUCGAAAUCGAAUGGAUGAUUUUGCAGCCACUCACAUCAAUUACACCCUGAGCAUUCACAUCAGUGGGAUAUUCUUUGCCUGGCAUCGACACUUUAUCUGGUUAUGGGAAAAAGCACUUCGAGAAGAGUGUGGAUACAAUGGAUACCAGCCAUAUUGGAAUUGGGCGCUCUCUGCAGACGAUCUAUCCGCAAGUCCACUUUUUGAUGGGAGUGAUACUUCGCUUUCUGGCGAUGGCGAUCGUCCUGAUGACUACGAAUCGACAAUUACUUUGCUACCUACCAACGUAACAAUUCCCAACGGAAAGGGGGGCGGAUGCGUAACCAAUGGUCCAUUUGCGAACACAACCCUCCAUCUACCUGAUUUGGAUGCCGCACCAGGUGACGUUUUUCCCGACAACGCUUUUGCGUACACUCCACGUUGCCUGACACGCAACCUAAACUCCUUCAUGUCGCGGUCCUUCACGAGCCAAAAAGAUGUUGAUCGUCUACUAUCCUCUCCAAAUAUUACCACGUUACAACGCAACAUUGAUGUGAGUGUUUGGCCAACGCUCAAUGAGGCGGGGAUUAUGGGACCGCAUGCAGCAGCACAUAUGCAGCUGGGUCGAGCGAUGGAUGAUUUCUGGACAGCGCCACAGGAACCAACUUUCAUGUUGCACCACGCGAUGGUCGACCGUAUUUGGACUCUGUGGCAGGAGAAAGAUCUCAAGAACCGGCAGUAUGCGUUGAACGGGACGAGUACCAUUCUCAACGCCCCUACUACGCCUGAGGUGGACUUAGACACUGAGCUGGCAUGGGGUCCUUUGAGUGUGACAAAAAAGCUGCGGGACCUCAUGAGCAACAAAGCGAAUCAUUUCUGCUACGAAUACGGGAACUGA